UCAAGUGUCAAUUGUCAAACUAAUGCCUUACGUGUUUUUCUGUUAUUUGCGAUUUGUAUUUUGCAAUUGCAUUGCAAUACACUAUGAAAUCUAAAUUAUUUACUGUGACUAAUUCCGAAAUGUUAUCAACAAGAUUAGUUUUUAUGAGACAAAGUUAUAAUGUUGUUCAUGAAUAGCUCUGCACGGGCCGAAGCAAUGAAGUGCGAAACGAAGAAGCAGUUCCAAGUGAAAAUGGUAGUGGAUAAAUGUAAAACGGUGUUGAUGCUGUCGAGUCUGGUUUGUACGUUUGGCGUUUUGAUAUCUUUGCACAAGUUGCUGAGCCAUGACAUUAGAAUAUCGAAGCCGUUUGCGCCACUGCCAGCUGGGCUGUAUGGGACGUAUCUCGAGCCUUUCGCUGAACAGUCUCCGUCACCAGCGAAGGAACGCGACAAGGCACACGAUGCGGAAGCGGUGGGCUCAUUGAACGCAGCCCUAGAAAUGAAAAAAGUAGGCAAAGCUGAAAAAGCAUUAAAGUUGUUCCAACACGCUUUCGCCUUGUCCCCGAAACAUGCAGACAUAUUAAAUCACUACGGUGAAUUUCUAGAAGAAACAAAGAAGGACAUAGUAAAAGCAGACCAGCUGUAUACAUUGGCUUUAACAAAUUAUCCCGAACAUUCUGGAGCUUUGAUGAACAGACAGAGAACUGCAAGUAUAGUAGAGAAUUUGGACCGAGAAAUGUUGAGGAAGAUUGAUGAGAAACGAGAUACUUUGCUGUCUAUACCUGAGAAUAAUGCUGCUCUGUGCAGAGCAAAGAAGGAAGCAUACUUUCAGCAUAUCUACCAUACUGUUGCUAUAGAAGGAAACACCAUGACUUUGCAGCAAACACGAAGUAUAUUAGAAACAAGGGUAGCCGUAGAGGGCAAGAGCAUCGCUGAGCACAAUGAGAUCCUUGGCUUAGACGCUGCCAUGAAGUAUAUAAAUACAACACUGCUGUACCGCAUCAGAGACAUUACUAUGGGAGAUAUAUUAGAGAUACAUAAAAGAGUUUUAGGGCAUGUGGAUCCUAUAGAAGGAGGUCAGUUUCGGAGAACUCAAGUGUAUGUCGGAGGGCAUAUACCUCCAGGGCCUAUGGAGAUCCAAAGCCUCAUGAGCCAGUUCUUGGAAUGGUUGAACUCUGAAGAUGCUUUGGAUCUGCAUCCAGUGAGAUAUGCAGCACUAGCACACUACAAGUUGGUGUACAUUCACCCGUUCAUAGACGGCAACGGGCGCACGUCUCGGCUGCUGAUGAACCUGCUGCUGAUGCAGGCCGGCUACCCGCCCGUCAUCGUCGCCAAGCAGCACCGCCAUCUCUACUACCAGCACUUGCAGACCGCCAACGAGGGGGACGUCCGCCCGUUUGUGAGAUUUAUAGCCCAGUGCACGGAGCGUACACUAAACCUGUACCUCUGGGCCACCAGUGAGUACAGCCCCAGUGUCCCUGCCAUCGGCAACCCACACAUCCUCACCGGAGAGGGCUUUGACGAUGAUCUGCUCUGAUUCAGCUGAUAUGGAGCCGAUUAUAACCUGAGAUCAGUAGAAACGCCACCGUAAGCCUUAUCUUUAAGCUAAUGUUCACACUGCCCUGACAUGCUGCCAUACUACAGAGAUGAAUUAUAAAAAACGUGUGCGUCUCAACACGCUUCACAGAAGUGACAACAUCAUCAUCAUUAUUAAAAUCACCAUCCAUGGUUUAUAUCAGGCAUUUUGUCAGAAACAGCAUGGAAACUUUAAUAAUAGUCUGUGGUGGCGUCGUAACGCGUUACGUUACCAAGCGUUUUAUCCUCCUAUAAGAAGCUAUCCAUAUAAAAAAAUAACCCACUAAACUACUGUAACCCUAAUUUCACCAAAAUGAAAAAGACAAAAGUUGUGAAAUAGCACUAUUAGGAGGAGGUAAACCGUAAAACCGGGCCUUUUUUUGAUGAUGAAUUGUGAUCUAAAAUCUGUUAAAUUACAUUUGCCCCGCAAGGAAUAAGUUCCAAAGUGUCCACCCUGAGUAGGUGUUAGGGCUCCCUACCGGCAUAUUUCCUGUAGUUUUCAUACAUUUUAUUUUAUGGACUCGCCACACACGGUUGUCGCCGGUGGCCACCGCUCGUUACAAUCGUCGCUGCUCGCUUCUUGUGGGCCACGCCGCAACACGCCACUCGCGCGAUUAUGAUACUGCAUGCUGCAAAAACAGUAGCAGCCAAGUGUCGAUCACCGGCCAUAAGUGGAUGUCGCGCGAUUCAGCUACUUUUGUGGCCCCUUCUUGCUUCUUGUAGCGGCGUUUGUGACUGUCGCGUGCGACACUUAAGUCUUAUGUCGUAUUUACACUUCACACUUGCCUUACAACCACACCAUUCAUACAGUAAUGCUGCUUUGCGGCAGAAAUAAUGGCGGCGGUACUCUCAGACGAUAUCUGUCAUAAAAAAAUUGCCCACUAUUGCUAUGUACUUCUUACAUACGAGUAGGCGCAUGGACUGAUACAGUUUCUUUGCUUUUUAACCGACUUGAAAAAAGGAGGUUCUCAAUUCGACGCCUAAUAACCAAUUUUGAAAAAAUAUUUUUCGUUUGAAAGAGUAUCCUUCCAGAUUCCAUUUCAUUUUCUUGAAAAUAGGGUUAGUAAUUUUGUCUUUGAAGUCGGUUCCAUUUUUAUGUUAAAAAGAUUAUUUUAGUUUCGGAAAUGUAAAUAUCCUUGUUUUGAUGAUAUUACAUUUUUAACCGACUUCUUUUCAAUUCUUUGGUAUGCAGCAUAGCACAGUGAACAGCCAGCUGAUGACAUUACUUAGUUCUCAAACUAGAUUAAUUAUUAUUUAUUUGCUUUAAAUAGAUGUAUUAGUUAUAAUUAUUUCAUUUGGUGCAGAAUUCGUAACAUAACACAACCAUGCUACGUUUAAUGACACGAAAUACAAAAUAUAAUCUAAUUGGUUGCUUCCGACAUGUAAGGACAGAAAUAAUACUUGGUCGCUUUUAUGUGUAAAUUUGCAACGCUUGUUUACGUUUUUUACCUUGCUUCAUUAAACUAUAUACAGUACGAAGCAAACUUUAUGUCGUUUCGGAACAUCACACGAUAAGCAACGCAAUACAAGAAUUUAGGUAUCACCGGAACGCAGGCGGGCGGCGGCAGGGUUGAAUUUAGCGUAGGUACUUCAUAGACCUGCGUGUAGCGAAGCCGCAGCUUAUUAACGAGAUGCUAUAAAGUUUGCAUUGUAUAUAGUAUGUUUAACGGAAGCAAGUCUUUCCUAGUUGUUGAGAAUAGUAAUACUAAAUGAUGUAAAUGAAUGAGCAUUUUUUUGAUGCCUGACAAUUUUGUGAGGAAGGUUUUUGGUUAUAUGUGGCAUAUUAACAAAACAAAUUGCCUAAAAUCUUUAUCUUUUAUCAAAUAAUCAUCAAUGUACCGUCAAUAUUAAAAGGACAUGGUCCUCCUAGAGCCUGGAUGGAGGGUGUUUGUAAUAACUUUAUGUUAAAAUUGUAUUGCACUGAGAAACGUAAUGUAUGCUCACCUUUUAUACAAUAAAUAAUUUACAAUCAAAGAGUUGCAGAGAAGAGUUAUUUAUCGUAAAAAGGCAUCUGAUUUUUUUCUACUUGUAUAUGGCAUUUUCGACAUAAAAUGUAAAGGAUGUGCUAUUAUGUAAAUAAUGUAUGUAUUUAUUUAUUUGUAACAUAAGUGUGUACUGUGAUACAUAAAUAUAAUCAUUAUUUAUUGUGUAAAUUGUAAAUAAAGGAUUUUAUGUUUUAAUAGGUGAAUUGUGGAUUAUAUAGUACUUAGAAAUUGACAACUAGUGCCAUCCUUUUCAAUAUUUACCAAAUUCAGCCAAGGAUGGGUUAAGGAUCACUUUUAUUAAUCAAACUAUGCAUUUAAUGUUUAUUAAAAGACAAUUAAAAUUGAGUCGCUUGUGUUACUUUUCAGAGCACAAAACGCGAAAACAAAACAUAUUAAUAAGAAAAAUUGUGCUUGUAUUUGUUUUAUGUCAUCUACUAUAUUGUAUUGUCGUUUUUACUUGUAAUUUAGGCACUUUUUAGGUGCUUAGUGUCUUCCAAAUUAUUCGUCUUUGUUUUAACUUUGUAACCUAAAUUCCAUGUACUAAAUAGUACAAAAACCUGUACCUUAAUAAAAUAUUUUUUCUGCUAA